CUGAGCUUAGACAUGUGGCUGCUGCGCGGAGCGUUUGUCUGUGGACUUCUGGCCAUGGCCUCGGCCUUUGGAGAUGAGGCAAUUUUCGAGGACGAGGACAUCUAUAACCAGGCGCUGCCACCAGUUCCCCACACGGGCAUCACGGUGCCCGGAACCAAGUGGUGCGGACCGGGCAACACGGCAGCAAACCACGAAGAUCUUGGAAGAGAGCGUGAGACGGACAAGUGCUGUCGGGAUCACGACCAUUGCGACGAUAUUAUCGAGUCGCAUGCUGCACUCCACGGACUGCCGGUCAACACAGACUGGUUUCCCAUUCUGAAGUGCACCUGCGAGCAGCAGUUUAUCAAUUGCCUGCAAGCCGUGAAUAGCCUCACCUCCAACACACUGGGACGAAUUUACUAUGGCAGCAGGAGCAGGUGCUUCGCCAACGGAUAUCCCACCACCGGAUGCAAGCAGUACCAGGAGGGAACCUUCCGCAAGCGCUGCAUCCGCUAUCAGGUGGACAAGAGCAAGGCCAAGGUCUGGCAGUUCUACGACAUGCCCUUCUUCACGCUCCCAGCGAAGACGGGCUGACCCCACAACGAAGAUUUGUAGACGAUACUGUUAUCAAUAUCAUACUAUCAAUAUUUUACAUGUCAUUUAAAAUUAAUUACUACCUGAUUAUCAAGACAAAUAUUAGGUAAAUUUGUAAGGAUUUUAAAUAAAGACCGACCAUUAAUCGUUAAUUUAU